AUGUCCGUAUCAGCCUCGAUUCCCGACACCUCGCUUGGCCUCACCUCCUCCGAGAUCCAAAUCCUCCGACAACAACAACAGAUUGCGCUCCAGAAUGGCCAUGCCGGCAAUGGCGUUUCCAGGGGCAGAGGAACCGGACGAACCAGCAACUCGAGUUCGCGAGCCGCCAGUGCGGCCAGCAGUCACGGUCGAUUGCUUCUGGAUCCGAUGAGUCUUCGUGCACUCUCACAUCAGCUAGAUGGGCUGCAGGCACAGAUUCGAAACCGUAUUGAUUAUCUGGAAGAACAAAUGCAGCUUUCGAUUCAGAACAGCUAUGACCGUGCAGGAAACGUCAUCUGUAACGCCGAUGCUGAGAUUGCCCGGACCCGUUCGAUUCUCGCCUCGAUUGACGACUUGGAGAAUGAACUCGCCAAAAUUGGACACAUUAGAGAAAUCGUGAAAGCCUAUCGCGGCAGGAUCGAAAGUCUCGAUCAACGACUUGACCAAGCUGCCCGGAGGAGACAUUGA